AUGGCUUUGAAUAUUGAUUUUAAUGCCUUGAAGGCCCGGACCAUGGGGUCUGGUGCCGAUGAGGAAGCAGUGACGGUCGAUACUCGAGGCCUGAUAUCCAAAGUUUUAGCUCGGUACUCAGGGAAAUGGACUGUUCUUCGAGAGAUGAUUCAAAAUGCGGCCGAUGCCUCUGCAACCAAGGUGACGAUCAAGUUCGAGACGUUACCCUCUACAACAAUUCCGUCGCCUUCAUCAGCCGAUCCAACAGAGCAAAUAAAGCACACUAUCGCGAAUCAUACCCUCCGACGUCUAUUGAUUUCAAAUAAUGGUCUUCCAUUCAGCGAAAAAGACUGGGCCCGGUUAAAGCGCAUCGCAGAUGGAAACCCCGACGAAACGAAGAUUGGGGCGUUUGGUGUGGGAUUCUACAGUGUUUUCGAUGACUGCGAGGAGCCCUUUGUAUCUUCUGGUAGCCAGGCCAUGGCCUUCUACUGGAAGGGUAAUGGUUUAUUUACGCGACGUUUGGAUUUGGGCGAAACCCCGAACAAGGACACCACUUUUGUGCUGGACUAUCGCAAUGAUUCGUCUCCUGUUCCGUCUUUGCUACAGCUAUGUCAGUUCUUGGCGAGCAGUUUGACCUUUGUCGCUUUGCAAGAGAUCGAGCUAUUGCUGGAUGACUGGAGCCUCUUGCGGCUAUCAAAAAAGACCGCCCCGGGCGUCAAUGUCCCCAUUCCCAGAGAUAUUGAAACGAAGACUGCUGAAGGUCUUAUGAAAAUCACGGGUAUAACACAAGAAAUUGCACAAGUUGAUGCAGCUUGGAUGCGAAUUGUAGAAUGGAAUCCGCAUGCCAGCUUGAUCAGCCUCGACAACCUUCGGGAUACUACUAGUUCUCUACGCAGCUUUUUCUCAAAGUUUACGAGUCAAAGCGGAACUGAUAAACCAUCGCACUCUCAAAAGACUCAACAACCUGAGCAACCGGGCAAUAUGACCUCUUUUGUGAACGCAACAGUUUUCUUGCACAUCAAUACUGCAUCGAUACAGCCCUCAGUCAGCUCCAGCCUAAGCAAAGAAUUAGAACGGGCCACCCGGAAGCCACCACCCAAAAAGGCUACUAUUGCGAUUCUGACACCUUCAUAUGAUGCCAACGUUGCCUCCGGGGCAUCUGCUUCACAGUCGGAAAUUCUUGCCUCCAUUCUACCGUCGAAAUCAGGAAAGGUUUUCAUUGGCUUCCCUACUGCGCAAACCACUGGCCUGAAUGCUCAUGUGUCGGCGCCGUCCGUCAUUCCUACCGUUGAGCGUGAAAGCAUUGACUUGAACACGCGGUAUAUCAGCAAAUGGAAUAUUGAGAUGCUGCGAGCUGUUGGAAUUGUCUGCCGGAUCGCAUGGUCUGCAGAGAUGAGCGCUAUCAAAUCUCAAUUGGCAGCCAAGGUUGGACCCGCACAUUCUUCAAAAAUUCGCAAAGAAGAUAUUGUGGAUGUUCUUCCUGAAGCAAUCCAUACUGCAAAUCAAUUUGUCUUUCGUGAAUCCACGCCAUCCUCGGUUCUCGGUCAGACCAUCGAAGACGCGUUCUGGAUGUGCAAUAAGAACGCGUCCAUCGAGGUUCUUUCGACAUGUGGCGUUAUUCCCAGCCAUCAGACACGCAUUGCUCCAAAGGAUCUCAGCUUCAUGGAUUCGAUACCCGCGUUGCCCGAUGACUUCGUCCUUCAAGCGAAAGACUUCGUUCGGAGGCUGACAGAGUUUGGAUUGGUCACAGAAAUCACGGUUUCGGACAUCAAGCGGGAACUAGAGGCCAGCACGCUACGAUCCAAUCAGAUCGUUGAAUUCUUGACCUGGUUGGGUCGUAAGACCGUGGCAGGACAGCUUGAUAGGCUUUCGGCUCAGAGCCUUCUCCGGGUUGCGGUGGCGAACGAUGAAGAUAAGGAUGGAAACCCUACACGACUAAUCGUUUUUGCCGACAUUACCGGCUUCUUGAAUCCCCAGCGUAUUACUACCGAUCUCCCCAUACCAUCAUCAGUGAUGCCUUUCCGCUUCACCAAGCUUAUGAACAAACAAGAACUCGAAGCGUUGGGAUGGGUUGAAUUGCAGCUUGUACCUUGGCUCCGCUGGCUUGUCAUGAAUGCCGGAGAUCGCAGCCUUUUGUCACCAGAGCAAGAUAUCACACAAAGUGCUUCAUUUUCUGGGCAGGUCCUUCCUCUCUUUUCUAAGCAGUGGGAAAGCUUAGGCCAGUCAUCCAAGCAGACCGUGAUCAAUACCCUCCAGUCUCAGACUGUUAUUCCGACUAGACUUGGAAUGAAGCAACCUGAGCAAACAUACUUUGCAUCCGUGCGCCUUUUUGAUGAUCUACCUGUUGUACAUGGCCUCAACGGUGUCAAAGAGAAGUUUUUGGUAUCACUUGGAGUCCGGAAGACCGUUGAGUUGGGGGUUAUUUUUGAUCGCCUGAUCAAUACUCCCCCACCAUCCAGCGAUGUCAAAGAACCCUCUGCGCGGAAAUGGAGUCAUGUGGAUUUGAUUCGGUAUCUCACAUCUGUUCGCGAGGACAUCCCUUCAAAUGAUAUUCAGAGACUCAAAGACACAAGUAUUUGUACUGCAGAGAAGAGGGAAGAUACAGACGCUGCAUCUGGUACUCGUUACAAGAUCUCCGAGUUAUAUGAACCAAAGGACUCCCUCCGGGCUAUGGGUCUUCCCAUCAUUGAAUGGCCAGGAGUUUACAACACUGCGAGCAAUGAAGGAAAGUUCCUUUCGAUGAUGGGUUUGAAGCGACACCCAACAGGAGCUGAGCUAAUGCGCCUCAUGAUCAAAAGUGACGCGGAAAAGAACAGUGCCCGCAAGACCAAGGCCCUGUCGUACUUCCUCAAUGAGUAUCAUACCAACGGCUAUGAUGCUUUCGAUAUCAGUGCAGUCACAGUGCCAUUUCUCCCUGUCGAAGGGUCAGAAUUCCUCGCCGCACCAAAGAAAUGCUUCACAGACGAAGGCGCUGCAUUGUUUGGCUUCCAUAUUCUUCGACAGCAGCUCCAUCCCCAUGCUUCUAAACUGGGUGUCAAGCCCCAUCCUCCUAUGUCAGAAUGUCUUCAGACCCUGAUUCGCCAACCUCCGGCUACUACAAAAGAGGCUAGAAUAGUUUUCAAAUAUCUGGCUAGCAGGGCAUCUGACAUAAGCCCACAGGAUGUCGAGCGAGUUGGUUCGUCUCCGAUUAUACCCAUUUCGACAAAGGAUCAAUCAGAGAAAGGCUCUCGGACCCGUUUUGUUGCACCCAAGCUCUGCUAUCUCGGUGAUGGAGAAGACUACAAAGAUAUUUUUGAUUUUGUGGAUUUUGGACGAGAAGCCAAUUUCUUCCUCCUGGCCGUUGGCUCCAGGCGAGAACCUACAAAGAUCGAAAUUGCACGAAUGCUUGUAAAAGAACCAGCUCGGAUUUCGGCUUCAUUCCAAAGCUCAGAUAAAUACCUCAUGCUCCUGAGGACUCUUGCGGAGAAUCUUGCCCUUCUCAAGAAAGAUAAGGAUUUGUUUAAUGAUAUGAGAAGAGCAAAGUUUUUGUUGGCGAGCCGUGAUAUCCCUCCUCAAUCUGCGGGCAAGGAUGGCAAAGGAGGCUCUACUGAGAAGGAGAUCCCUGAUCCAGAAGAAGACUUAGAUAUCCGAGAAUGGAGUCUUGCAUCUGCGAAAGACAUUGUAGUUGUGGACGAUUUCCAGAGCUUCAAUUUAUUCAAAGAGCAUAUCCUUGCUGCACCCCAAGAAGAAACGUUAGAAAACUUCUAUGUGGCUCUCGGCGCUUUUCCUCUCAGCAAGCUUGUUGAAGAACAAGCCCGAUUUGGAGGUAUUGCGCCCGAUCAAACCCCAGCUGUGCAAUUACACAAGGUCAUCCUCGAGCGGGUCCGACUAUUCUUGCAUGACCAGCCGGCAGACUCUAUUCAGCACGGAGCUCGAUGGCUAGAACAUGAUUUCAACGUGCAGGUAGUCACCUCCAUCACGCUUACACGAUCUUUGAAGGGCCGACGAGUGUCUCAUACACAGAAGCGGAAAGCCAUUAUGGCCCGUCUGUCCAACAACUGGGGCUUGUGCAUCUGUCCAGGUAAAUUCGACCUGUAUGAGAUCAGUCAGUCUCUUGUCCACUUGAUUCUCAAACGGCCAAAGCUCCAUUCCACCCUGACCCUGGAGAUGUUGUUGAAGACGGAUCUCCUAGAGCUCCGUGCUCGGGGAUAUAACGUGGAACGUAUCCUUAGGCAGAAAGCUCAAGAAGCUCGAAUUGCAAGUGAUAAAAGACAGAAGCAGUUAGAGGAAGAGAGACAGGCUCUGCAAAAGAGAGAGGCUGCUUGGGCAGCGGAGCAAGCUCAACGAGCGAAAGAGGAGAGACCAGAGCCCCAGUCACAAGCCAAAAUGCCGGGAGUCUUUCCCGAGUCUCCAAACAGCAAACCGUCUGCUGAAGAAAGGCAGAUUACACCUGCUGAACCCACGAUGCCAGAACGGGCUCCUCGAGGGUUAUUUGCGAACCUCAGCAAACGGUUUGGUCUGGACGGGCGAUCAGGAUCAACCAACCCCGACCCUGAGCAGUCUCGUUCUUUACUCCCUGAAUCCACCAAUACUGCUCCUCCGCCCCCUCCUUAUCCCAAAGAUCCUCAGCAACCGCAUCCAGAGCAGCCCGUUUCGGUUGAUUCUCCGCAUCGUUUGCAGCAAGAGCUCCUGUCCGCCGUGCAGGCUUGUCGCCCCCAUGGAUCGUCAAAUGUCUUUAGCCGGCCUGAGACCAACCAAAUUUCGGCAAGUCAAUCCUACUGCGACGAACGACCAGGUCAUGAUUUAGAGUUCGUGGCGACCCUUCCCAGUGGUGUUAAUGUCUUAUUUGUGAGGACUGUCACCGAGCGGUCUGCCUUCUUAGCGAGCAACCGCACCAGCAUUAACACUUUUGCGUCAAUCAUUCUUGAUUCUGGUUCAAUCUUUUCCAUGCGUGCGGACAGCUUGAGCAUCUUCUAUGACCCAGGUGGCAAGACCAUCGCAUUCAACCGGGCAGGCAGCAUCUUUUGCAAUUACUUCUACUUCCAGAAGCUGCAUGAGCAAGCGCUGCUCCAGAGUUCCACACCUGAUCGUACAGACGCCAUUGUAUACUGGUGGGUCAUUCUGUGUCAUGAACUGGCACACAACCUUGUGGCCGAUCACAGUUCUGCACAUAGCUACUACACCGAGGGAUUUGUGGCUCAAUAUUUCCCCAAAGUGGCGAUGAAGCUGGCCACACUUCAAACUGGACCAGGUUCCUCAUGA